AUAUAUAGGCCUACCCGUUUCCAGCAGUGUUAAUUAUCUUAUGUUUGCCUUAGAUCAAUAUCAGUGGCGCCCAGGGCUGUAGGCUAUGCCUCGCUUUGGUGCUUGAUACGUACACAAAUCAUUGCCUGUAGCAGCGCUUUCAAUCUAAAAUUCUUGUAGCCUAUGUAUUACUGCAUAUUGUGUGCGCCAUUAUAAAAGCUAUUUCGGUAAUCCAUAAACCGCAAGAACACCCAUUCCCCCCGCCCCUCUUCCCUAUAAAUGAUCCAUAACAGGCGAAUAAAACCACUGACUGAUUCGGGGCUGCUUUGUAGCUAAGCCCACUUUGAAAUUAAAUUGCCCUCACAAAUCGUGCAUGCUCUAUGCUCUGCGGCAGCUACAGCAAACGUUAAACUAAUGUAUAAGCCAAUUUACAUCAUUCAUCCUCGAUGCAACACUGCACGACAGUUAAUUGUAAACAAUGAAGAGAACAUGGAACAGAAAGACAGUCAAGCCUUUAUCGUAACCUCGCGCAACUAUUGUCAAUUUGUCUUUACAUUAUUUGAAAAUAUUACGUUUCAUUGAUUGAUUCAACUUCAAAAUACCAACCUGCGGCGUAUUGUCGAACAAAGGGGCAUAUUUGGUCAUUGUGUUAAUAAUAGAGUUCUCUUUAAAACAUAUGUGGAAUUCUGAUUCAUAGUUGGCUCAAGAUAUGCGGAACAUAAUCUACGCUCCCCAAUCACUGCAGGAAAUGUUCUCUCUAGUCAACAUAAAGACGGCCUUUACACAGGUCCUGGAAGGGAGAUAUACUGUAUUAAAACACGCUCAAGUAACCUACAGCAGCCUACCCAGAAAACAGAGUGUCAUGUCUUGCCUUGCAUUGCCAAGAGUGUAUUUGUCAAAACAGGCAGUUCCACAAGGAUGCACAUUUGUUAUUUCGAGCGCAUAUCAAUGGAUCACUCCAAAUUAAAUAAUAGACUUGUCGCUCGUAGGUUUACGACCAAUUCAGUGACAAGGCACAUUCCUUGAGUUUUGCAAGGUUCGCAGCGCAAUUACAUAACUGGCCAGCGUUUCAUGUGGAGUCAGCAGGGAAGCGUGUGCAAUAUUGAACAAGGAAAUAUUUUGUGCAUGCAGGACCUUCGGAAAUCCAUUCAAGCCAACAAGUUUGGAGAGAAUGUUGAGUUUAAUCAAUUCAGAGCGUCGAGAUGGAGACCGACUCACUCAAGUGGGUAGGCUCACCUUGUGGUUUGCACGGACCGUACAUUUUCUACAAGGCUUUUAAAUUUCAUCGGGACGGAAAAGCGCGGAUCUUGUCCCUGGGUGACUUUUUCCUUGUCAGAUGCACACCGGAGGACCCGAUUUGCAUAGCGGAGCUUCAGCUACUGUGGGAAGAGCGGACCACUAAACAACUCUUGUCCAGCUCUAAACUUUAUUUUCUGCCUGAGGACACUCCAUCGGGACGGACGGUCAACCACGGCGAGGAUGAGGUCAUCGGCGUGUCAGAGAAAGUCAUCCUGCGACUGGAGGACCUGGUGAAAUGGACGCUGGGGGAUCUUUCGGGAUGGGUGCGUGGGAUGAGAGCUGUAUCCGCGGUGACUGUGGCGACGGGGGUGACGGUGGUGCCCAAGACGGUCGUGCUGAGGGAGCUGGCCACCAAUGGGCACAGAGACCCCCACCUGGGCGGCAGUGGGCACAGACCCACGCACACACACCUGGGCGGCAGUGGGCACAGACCCACGCACACACACCUGAGCUCCCGCUUCAGUAUCAGCUUCAGGGACGUACUGAGGGAGAAAGCCCAGAUAGGUGAGGAUGAGGAGGAGAGGAUGAAGGUGCUGGUGCUGAGCUACCCUCAGUACUGCCGCUAUCGCUGUGUUCUCGCCCGACUGCGGGGCGGCAGCCAGGUUGCCGUGGUAACCGACCACAUUGUGCGGGCGCUGGGUGGCAUCGGCCCUCUCCACGGAGACGUGCGCAUCCUGUACUGCCGCGAGACAUUCCAGCAUCCAACUCUUGGACACAACGAGAGCGUCUGUGAGCACUUCGCGCCCAACCUGAAGGGCAGACCCCGGAAGAGAAAACUGUCCCAGCGUCGGGACUCCCAAAACCAGGACUCCAACCAGAACCAGAACCCAAAUCAGACCUUGCAGACUGGUCCACAAUCCCGGCACCCGGCCAGCACCAGUCCAGAACUGAGGCCCCCAGCUAAGGCGAGGCCUGAGUGCAGGGUGGUAGCAGCGAAAGUCAAGAAUGGAGGGAUGUGUAAGAGGGUGUCGGCAGAGGAGAAGAGAGAGGAGAGAAAGAGAGAGAGAAAGAGAGAGGACAAAGAAGACAAGGCUGGGACAGAGGGACAGAAGACGGAUGAACAGGCUUUCCUGGUGGCUCUAUACAAGUAUAUGAAGAAGAGGAAAACACCCAUUGAGAGGAUCCCCUACUUAGGUUUCAAGCAGAUUAACCUGUGGAUGAUGUUUCAAACGGCUCAGAAGCUGGGAGGCUACGAACAGAUCACGGCUCACAGGCAGUGGAAGCAUGUGUAUGAUGAGCUGGGCGGACACCCCGGUAGCACCAGUGCUGCCACUUGUACCCGAAGACACUAUGAGAGAUUGCUGCUCCCAUAUGAGAGGUACUCUCAGGGACAGGAGGAGAGGCCUGGCGUAGAGCCCCGCCCCAUCAAGGCGGAGUCAGUAGAACCCUGUCCCAUCAAGGCGGAGUCAGUAGAGUACCGCCCCACCAGGGCGGAGUCAGUAGAGUCCUGCCCCAUCAAGGCGGAGCCAGUAGCGCCCCACUCCAUCAAGGCGGAGCCAGUAGAGUCCUGCCCCAUCAGGGCGGAGCCAGUCUCCAUUGAAGGAAGUGAAGAUAAAGACUCGUCCUCUAGGUGUCCCAAAGCUGGACCAGCACCAAACCAGCAGCCUCAGCGUGACACUGGACCACAAAACUCAGCGGUUUUAGAGGACAGGGGAGGUUUCCAACACUCAUUGCACUUUAAAGAUGUGGGAAGCAAGAACACAAAAAAGGAAGAAGAGGUGGGGGAGGAGGAGGAGGAGGAAGAGCUGCAGGUUACCGUGAAGCAAGAAGAAACACUCCCCACUCAAGCUCGCCACCAUGACAACCACCGCCACCACCCAGCCGAUCCCAUCCACACAGACCUCAUCCUCCAGACCGACCAAAAGCAUCCACCAUCCUCACCUCCAGACCCACCAGGAAGACUCUGCCAGCAGGAAGGAGGGCCCUCCAGAAGCAGCGGCCUCCCCACAGGGGCCUCGCUGGCACCCCAGGCCCUCUGGCAGGCCACCGCUCCUGGCCGUCACUCUGUGCAUCCCCUGGGUGUCCUGGAGCUCGGCGAGGCUGGAAGGGUCUCUGAGCACGAGGGCCAGCUGGUUGGCCCUGUGAAGGAGACAGCUGAAGGCUCUCCUCCAGAAGCGCUGCACAACUCCAGAGGGUGUGAGAGGUCCUCCCCGAAUGCCCAUGGCGCCCCCUACUUCAGCGGCCCCCACAGUGUCAUGUCCCCCCUGGCUAAGAAGAAGCUGCUGUCCCAGGUGUGCGUGGGGGGGGCUGCACCUCAAAACUACCCGACGGCGCCCCCCCCUGCUGCUGCUCGCUCUGACGUGGGGCAGCGGGCGAGCUGUGGCAGGGGCGUCACCAGCAUGUUGGACCCCGUCAGGCAGGGACCCCGAGCUCAUCCCGCCAGCCCAGAAACAGCCCCCGCCCCCCGUCCGUCCGUCAUCCAGCACGCCCAGAGCUUCCGACCGUUCUGGAGUGCCGACGAGGAGAGGACCACCCCAGGAGGCUCAGAGUCCUCCUGCCCCAGAGGAGGAGAGGCUCCUCUGCGGGGACAGUUCCUUCCAUGUCCCCCCCCCUUCUCCCAGCACAGCUUCGUCUCCGACAGGACGGAGCCCCAGGAGCGGGUACAGAGGCCGUGGGAGAAGCCUUCAGACUGCGGAGGACAGGUGUGUUACUCCUCCCCUCACCUGCCCUCAGACCUCAGAGGAGAGGUGUGUUACUCCUCCCCACACCUUCAGAGCCUCUACCGACACACUAAACACCGGCUCAGCCAGCAGCAGCAGCAGCAUCGGCAGCAGCAGCAGCACCUUAGCACACAGGUGUAUCCGUCCCGGGAUGGACAGGGCGUAUACACACAGGUGUUUCCGUCCCGGGAUGGAGAGUGCGGCCAGAGAAGAGGGGUCGCUGGCCUGACGCAGAACGCUCCAGACGUGGUUAUUGAUGAGAGGUACUCGACCCCCCCCCCACUGCCGCCACAGCUCGGGUGCCACAGAGGGCCUGCGGCUACUAACUCACCAGCCGUCGACCAACCUGCAGACCUGAGCUUUCCUAAGGUCCUUUCGAAAGGUGCUUUUGGAAUUCAUACUUAUCCCACUAUGCAUGGGGACUGCAGACUGCCUGCUCCCAUACAGCCUGGCCUAGAUGCCCACGGCAUAGCCUGUAAAGGAUUCCCUGUGCCCGUCGGAGAUGGCAACCAGGCUUAUAAGGCGUCAGUGCGCGUGGGUAUAAGUGGCACAGGAGGAUUUAAGCACCACACAUCAGAGUCUGUCAGAGCCGCUAAGCGCCCCCUAGAGGAUCCAGAGAGGACGCCUCCAGCAAAGACACGGCUGCUCUCACCCCUUCACCCCUCCAAGGACGCCCCAGUAAGCUCAGGUGGGUGCCCCCGCGUUUCGGAGCGCCAGGGGGAGGAGGCCGAGCCCCCCGAGCCGGCGCGGGCCGUGCACCUGAACAGCUACUCUUCGCAGGGGCACCGGUAUCCCCCCCACGCUCCCCAUCUGGGCGGCCUGUGCCCCGUGGGCAUGUUUGGGGUGCAGGAGGCCUGCGAGGGGCCCCGGACAGUGGGGUACCCCCCUUCACACCCGCUGGCCUUCCUGAAGAGCCAAGGGGGGGCCAUGCCAUCCGUGGUGGCACCCCCGUUUGUGCUGCAUGCCCUGAUGAUGCAGGGGCAGCUGGUGAGGACAUCCACCGCCUCCCCCCUCUACCAGGCCUCCGCUGUCAACAGAGGGGGCAGAUUCAGUGAGCCCAUGCCCCACGGCCUGUACCCACUCCGCCCCUUCAACCCACUACAGGCGUACCAUGCACCUCAAAUGCCCACUGUUCAGCCCAGCACCAAACUCUAACACAGACACACACACACACACACACACACACACACACACACACACACAUGCACAGACA